CACUGCCCGCUUGGUGCCCCCAGGCCCGACGUCGGACCCUGCGCCAUGCCGAGGGAGAGGGAUGCAAAGGAGCUGGACACCAUGAAAGAAGAAAGCUGCACCGAUGUCUCUGUUCGCUCCAGGAAAAGGAAGGCAAAUGUGGCCGUCGAUCCAGAUGAAGAAAUUGCCAAAAUUGAGCAGACUGUGAGAAGCCAGUGUGGCAGUCAGCCUUGGGUCAAUAAUACAGUCUGUGAAAACCCCUGCUCCUUGAUUCCCACACCUGACAAAGAAGAGGACGAGCUGGUAUACCCAAACUCUGCGUAUGACCCUCAGAGUUUUGUACCGUCCAGAGCCUCGCCACUGCCUAUCCUGAACUGGGCAAAUAGAGAGGAGGUUUGGAAAAUCAUGUUAAACAAGGAAAAAACGUACUUAAGGGAUAAGCACUUUAUGCAGCGGCACCCCCUUCUGCAGCCUAAAAUGAGAGCCAUUCUCCUGGAUUGGCUAAUGGAGGUGUGUGAAGUCUAUAAGCUUCACAGAGAGACAUUUUACUUGGCGCAGGACUUCUUUGAUCGGUACAUGGCAACGCAACAGCAUGUUGUAAAAACACUUCUACAGCUUAUUGGAAUUUCAUCUUUAUUUAUUGCUGCCAAACUUGAGGAAAUCUAUCCUCCAAAGUUGCACCAGUUUGCUUAUGUUACAGAUGGGGCUUGUUCAGGAGAUCAGAUUCUUAACAUGGAAUUAAUCAUUAUGAAGGCCCUUAAGUGGCGGUUGAGUCCCCUGACCAUCGUCUCCUGGCUGAAUGUGUACAUGCAGGUUGCGUAUCUAAAUGAUGUCUAUGAAGUGCUAUUGCCGCAGUACCCCCAGCAAAUCUUCAUACAGAUUGCAGAGCUUUUAGAUCUCUGUGUCCUGGAUGUUGGCUGCUUAGAGUUUUCCUAUGGUGUUCUUGCUGCUUCUGCCUUGUAUCAUUUCUCUUCAUCUGAAUUGAUGCAAAAGGUUUCAGGAUAUCAGUGGUGUGAUAUAGAGAAGUGUGUCAAGUGGAUGGUGCCAUUUGCCAUGGUUAUAAGGGAGACGGGAAGUUCGAAACUUAAGCACUUCAGGGGUGUUCCUGCUGAAGAUGCGCACAACAUCCAGACCCACAUGAACAGCUUGGAUUUGCUGGACCAAGCCCAAGCAAAGAAAGCCAUCUUGUCUGAACAAAAUAGGAUUUCUCCUCUCCCGACUGGGGUCCUCACCCCCCCACAGAGCAGUAAGACAGAGCAGUGGGCAGGGGACAGCAUGACCGUGCCAGUGUUCUCCACCAAAGACAUGUGUGCACGAGUGUGGCUCCAGAUCCUGGUGUCUGCUGCAGAGGUGGCGGGCGUCAGCUUCUGCAGGUGUUAAAUGGAGGAGAUGUCUGUUCCGCAGUGGAAGUGUUUCUGUGGAGGACAUUGGACAGGGAGAAGUACUUUUUAUUGAAUGCUUAGAUAUUUUUAAUAAGCGGGUCAAGUACACCAGCCACCUCCAGAACACCAAUGAGUGCUCCAAAUGCUGCUAAGGAGGGUGAUACUUGACUUGAUUGACUAUUCACACUUGUGACAAAGGCUUGAAGUUGAGGGGCGCCGUGUUGCUGCUGGCCUCCCGUAGGUGUUGGGCUGAGUCCUGUUAUGUGGAGCAGGUGGUUGUGUGAGUGUCCUGAAGCAAGCCCACACCCAGCUGUGCUGGGCCUGCCCUCUUUACACUAUCAGUUGACAAUGUAUAAUGCCUUUGAUGAACUAUUGUAAGUGCUGCUACGUAUCUCCGUUUUUUAAUAAAGAUAACACACUGUCUUUGAGACAGCUGGUUUUA